GUCAUCAAUUUUCCAAGUCUUCUAAAUGUUUCCCUGUUUACGUUCUUCCAGAGAAGUUCGAUAUCGCCAGCGGAACGCGAAAAAUACAGUAGGCCGCGAUCGCCCGAUCCCCAGCAUCACGAUCACCUGCCACUGAAGAAGAUGAAAAAGGAACAGGACAAGGACAUAGGCCAUCAAAGCGAUGGUGAAAAGAGCGACCAGGAUUUGGUGGUAGACGAUGCCAGCGAGGGACCAACGAGCCCGACGGCGAACGGCACGUCGUCACCUAGAGAAAAUGGCCUCGACAAACUCGGUCCGUCAUCGGUGCCUUUGAGCAGUCAGGUGAAGAAAGAAGUGCCACCACCGUCGCCGAGAAGUGGUACCAGCAGCAACGCGAGCACACCUUCGGCUAAGAAGAUGGAGGAACGAGAGAAACCUACCACGCCGAUCUCCAAACCUGUCACACCUACCUCUGCAGGUGGUAGCAGCUCCGGCUCCGGUGGUCUGAAACCAUCGAGUUCCAGCAAACCACUGGUCUCGGCUUCGGCGGUCGGCCCUUAUCCGCCACACUAUCCGCCGCCACAUCAUCCACCCGCAGGACCUCAUGUGGACGUGCUGGGUUAUCCCCCGGCCCUGAAUGGAUAUCCCGCAAGACCGCCUCUUCAGCAACUCUACGAUCCUCACGGAAGCAUGAGGGCACCUCUUGGACCUCUCGGUGUACCCGGUGGCAAACCGGCGUACAGUUUCCACGUAUCGAGUGAAGGCCAGAUGCAGCCGGUUCCGUUCCCUCACGAUGCUCUAAUUGGACAAGGAAUACCGCGCCAUGCGCGCCAGAUAAAUACCCUGACACACGGCGAGGUAGUGUGCGCGGUAACGAUCUCGAAUCCGACUAAAUACGUUUACACCGGUGGCAAAGGAUGCGUCAAGGUCUGGGACAUCAAUCAGGGUGGCGGCGGCAGCGCGAAACACGUUUCGCAGCUUGAUUGCCUGCAACGAGACAACUACAUCAGGUCAGUGAAGCUAUUACCAGACGGUAGGACUCUGAUCGUCGGCGGUGAAGCAAGUAAUUUAAGUAUCUGGGAUCUGGCGAGUCCGACGCCGAGGAUCAAGGCAGAAUUGACUUCGAACGCGCCAGCGUGUUACGCACUGGCAAUCUCGCCUGAUUCGAAAGUCUGCUUCAGCUGCUGCAGCGAUGGUAACAUCGCUGUCUGGGACAUACAGAAUCAGUCUUUGCUCAGGCAAUUCCAAGGUCACACGGACGGCGCAUCCUGCAUCGACAUCUCCGCAGAUGGCUCGAAACUGUGGACCGGAGGAUUGGACAAUACGGUGCGCUCGUGGGAUCUUCGGGAAGGCAGACAGCUUCAGCAACACGAUUUCACAUCGCAAAUAUUCUCGCUCGGUUACUGUCCAACCGGCGAAUGGUUGGCUGUCGGAAUGGAGAACUCGAACGUCGAGGUGCUGCACGCCACGAAACCGGACAAAUAUCAGCUUCAUUUGCACGAGUCUUGUGUACUUUCGUUACGUUUCGCUACUUGCGGCAAGUGGUUCGUCUCAACCGGCAAGGACAAUUUACUGAACGCGUGGCGUACACCGUACGGUGCCUCGAUAUUCCAGUCGAAGGAAUCUUCGUCAGUACUCAGUUGCGAUAUUUCAACGGACGACAAGUAUAUCGUGACUGGAUCGGGUGAUAAAAAAGCUACGGUGUACGAAGUGAUAUAC